AUGGUAAAUCUACUUCUGAUAACUGUUGCUAUCACCAUUGUGGUAAUGGGAUCGAAGUCUUGUGGAUUCUUCUCUGCAACUAAACUUGCCGAGUUUCCGAAAAUGUGGAGAAAUGCAAUUAAUCCAAAAAAGCCUAUUGGCUCACCAAGUCGCUACAUGCAAGGCAAGCAACACCAGUGCGACGGAGAUGCACAGCGACUGCCCGAGGAGAGGCAAAACCGACGAGGUCGCCACGAAGGAGUGCAGAGCAAUGUUGCAAUCCGCUACGCGACUUCGGUAGCACUUGCGGUGGACAAACCGAAGCAAGGAGUCACUCUUCGCGCCUUAAGCGCAAAAAUACCACCAUCUUGUGAUUUACCCAGUCAGUGUCAACCUAUGUUGCUUAAGAAGUACGCAACGCGUCUCCAGGGUUGGUAUUUGAACGAGUUUGUAAAUGAGCCAGAACAAACCAUGUCGCUGAUUCUUGAGUAUGAUUUGACUUGGAACGAUCCCAGGCUGACAUGGAACUCCUCCGAGUUUCACGAUAUCAACGGGUUUUUCGUGAAUCGUGACGCUGUGUGGCGUCCAGACGUUGUGCCUUAUGAUAUGCUGUCCAUUUCGGAUACAAGGGAUGUAGAUAUCCAGCACGUUUAUGUGAAGAGCAACGGCGAUAUGCUAUAUUAUGCUUCGCGUGUGGUGACAGUAUUAUGCCCUUUGAAGAUUCAAAGAUUCCCAUUUGACCAUCAAGUUUGCGAGGUGGGCUUCUCGUCGUACACCUUUUGGAUAGCCGAACUCCGCCUUGUGUCUGCAGUGAAACCGUACAUCAACGCUACAACAGCGGGCACGGGUGAAUGGACUGUCGUCGAAAUUGUCACAGGCAGCCCAGAACUAUUGGUCGAAGAAACAUCAGAGACCUAUGGAACGGUAUACUACAUCAUUCGCGUCAAACGAAGUUCAACAUUCUAUAUUGUCAUGAUAGUUCUGCCAUCUUUCAUCCUAACUUUUCUUUGUGUGCUUGGGCUUUUCUGGACAAAGUUCGACAAAACAGACUACCUCGAGAAGAAUCAUUUUGAGGACUUCAAAGACAGGCAAGAAGAGCUGGUUUCGAAAUUACUAUCGGACUAUAGAAAAGACCUCCCACCCAUAUAUGCUCGAGCACGCGGCAAUCUCUCGCUAGCCAAUCCAAUGACCGUGAAAAUAUCUCUACGCUACAUAAAACUAUUGGCAAUUAAUGAGCCUGAACAAACCAUCGCUGUGAUUCUCGAAUACGAUUUGGUGAAAAGCAACGGCGAUGUACAUCAUUAUGCGUCGCGUGUAGUCACAGUCGUGUGCCCUUUAAACGGCACCGGUGAAUGGAAUGUGGUUAACAUAACUACUGAAGACGCCACUAUAUUACGUGAAGACGGAUUGCCAAGCUUCGAACUGCUUGCUCUCGGCUUUGCUGCCAUCCUCGCUAUGUGCACGGUUUUGGAGAUUGUCGAACAAUCAGUGCCGAAAACUAAGCAGCUUCCCGCACUUUGUAAGUCGUUUUUGUCAAUGAACAAGCAGCAGAAAAAGCAGAUUUUCAUAAAUGGACAGAAAUGUGGUACUCUCAUGGUCAAUAAGACGUGA